AUGGGCUCGCAAGCUAUUGAUAUUUCGUGGCCUUCCUCUAUCGUUGAGUCUUUCAACACAUCUUUCGAUAUACAGAUUGAGGAAGGAAAUUCGGCUGAUAAUUUGGAUUUUUUCGACGAUAAAACCGCGUACUGCAGUCCGAAUAUUCCAAAACCUCCUCCGUUGCCGAGGAAGAUAACUACAAAACUUGUAAAUGUAUGUUGUGUUCCAAAGGAGACUAGAGAUUUAUGGGAGAAGCUCUUUAAAGAGGGAUUUGGAGCCGAUGUUCGCAUAAUUUCCAGUGAUGGGUUAUCUAUUUUAGCACAUCGUAGUGUUUUGAGUGUUGCAUCCAAAGUGCUCGGUUACCUUCUGCAGCAAUCGAAAGUUGAGAACGGCAUAAGAUGUAUAAGUAUUCUUGGAGUACCGUAUGGUGCCCUUCGUGCUUUCAUCCGUUUUCUCUAUUCAUCUUGUUUCGAACGAGAGGACAUGAACGAGUUUGUUCUCCAUUUACUGGUUCUUUCACAUUCGUACGCAGUACCAUCUCUGAAAAGAGUAUGUGAGAACUUUCUAGAAAACGGCUGGUUGACUAAAGAGAAUGUCAUAGAUGUUUUGCAGUUAGCUAGAAUCUGUGAUGCUCCACGCCUUUCCCUCGUUUGUGUUCGUAUGGUCGUGAGGGACUUCAAAUGCAUCUCUAUAACCGAGGCAUGGAAAGUGAUGAGACGGUCUAAUCCUUCCCUCGAACAAGAGCUAUUAGAAUCAGUCGUUGAAGCUGAUACAAGGAAACAAGAGAGGAUGAAAAAAAUCGAGGAGAAAAAAGUAUACCUUCAACUGCACGAGGCAAUGGAGGCUUUGCUUCAUAUUAGCCGAGAAGGGUGCAGAACAAUCGGGCCCCGUGAUAAAGUUCUAAAAGGUAGCCAAGUGAGUUGUGCUUUCCCAGCAUGCAAAGCGCUCGAGACUCUAAUCCGUCAUUUUUCGAGCUGUAAGGCUAAAGUCCCGGGUGGCUGUGCCCAUUGCAAAAGAAUGUGGCAGCUUCUCGAGCUACACUCCCGAAUGUGCAACGACCCGGACUAUUGCAAAGUCCCUCUUUGUAGGCAUUUCAGGGUUAAAAUGCAGCAGCAGAGGAAGAAAGACGAGGCAAAUUGGAGAGUGUUAAAGCAGCACGAGCUAGGGUUUUCUACCAAAAAUCUUAUCGGAGCUUAUAUUUCGUUCACUGCGCUCGUCAUCUUAAUUCGAUCUAAAGGCAACAUGGCAGACGACGAAAAUCAUAACGAGAUUAAGGAGGGUAUUAAUGAUGUGCCCGAUAUAGCUCCUUUUGACCCCACAAAAAAGAAGAAAAAGAAGAAACCAGUACCUCAAGACCUAGGUGAAGAAGAGCCUGUUGACUCUCUAGUAGAGAAAGCUGAGAGCUUAUCGAUUUCUGAAACUGGUGAAACAUCUUUUGCUGGACUCAAAAAGAAAAAGAAAAAGCCCGCACACACUGAUCUUCUGAUUGAGGAAAAAGAGAAUGUUGCAGAGGACUUGGAUGAUGUAGUUGGAGAGGAUGAGGAAGGAGAAGGAAUUGUUUUGCAACAGUAUCCUUGGGAAGGUACUGAUAGGGAUUAUCAUUAUGAAGAGCUACUGGGGAGAGUUUUCAACAUUCUCCGUGAGAAUAAUCCUGAGCUUGCUGGAGAUCGGCGCAGGACGGUUAUGAGACCUCCUCAAGUUCUUCGUGAAGGAACGAAGAAAACUGUUUUUGUGAAUUUCAUGGACUUGUGCAAGACGAUGCAUAGACAACCCGAGCACGUCAUGACUUUUUUGCUGGCUGAAAUGGGAACAAGUGGUUCUCUCGAUGGACAACAAAGAUUGGUCGUGAAAGGGAGGUUUGCUCCCAAGAACUUUGAGGGUAUUCUGCGACGCUAUAUCAAUGAAUAUGUCAUAUGCAAUGGCUGCAAAAGUCCAGAUACCAUCCUCUCAAAGGAGAACCGUCUUUUCUUCCUCCGAUGUGAAAAGUGUGGUUCUGGUCGAUCGGUUGCUCCAAUCAAGGCUGGAUUUGUUGCUCGUGUUGGCAGACGUAAAGCCGGGACGUGA